AUGGAGCUGCCCGGGCCGGCCCCGCGGAGCCGGUUCGUGUCCCGGGGCUUCCGCCCCGCGGGGACAGCGGCGCUUACCGUGGCUCAGCCGGGACGGGAACUCGCUGCUCCGAUGCAGUUCGUUCCCGAGUUUAACCAAACCGAUAAUGCCGAGUGCCAGCUACGGGCUGUUCUGGAGAACUGCACUGCUCCGCAGCGAGAGCUGAUCCUGACGGGAUCCAGCAGCACUCGGAGCCCGCGGUACCAACCCGGCUGCUCCCACAGCCGCAGAGCAAGGCAGAUUCCCCUCUCCAUCAAAAAACCCCCACAAAUUCUUUUUUAUGCUGACGCAAAGCACGGGCGGCAGCAGCAGUUUGCCGUGCGCUGGGCCGAAGGUGGCUCUGCCACGGCUGAGGGGAACAAAUCCCGAUGGGGUCCUGACCCCAGGAGAGGUCGAAUACCUCGGGCUGUGGAACAGGCCCGCGGCGCCCGAGCCCCCUUAGAGGGGAUAGGAAAGGGAGAGAAGCGCCGAAGGCAGCGGAGGGAAAAGCAGCUUCCCCGGGCCCAGCGGGGCAUCCCCGGCCCUGUCCCGCCCGCGCCGGGCAGGCACAGCGGCCACAGGGACCCCUCUGCCCGACACCCUCGGCGCUGCGGGGAGCGGCACCGGAGCCGCCCGGAACGCCUCAGCCCCGGGGCCGCUCUCGCCUCAGGCCCGGGGCCGCUCCCGCCUCCGCCGCGCUCGGGCCCCGCCCCGGCUGCAGAUCCUGGCCGGGCCGCGGGGAGCGCGGGGAGCGCGGGGCCGGCGGGAACAGCGGCGGGGCCGCGGCCGGUCCGAUGCUGCCUGCGGGCCGCGGCCGGAGGUGAGGGGCAGGGGGCAGGGGGCCAGGGCUGGGUCGGGCCGGGCCGGGUCCCGCGGGGCGCUGACCGCGCUGGGCCUUGCAGGGCGGCGGCGGCGCUGAGGGCGGCGCUGGCCGAGGGCGCGGAGCGACGGCGGGAGCUGGAGCGGCGGGCGGCGCGGAGCCGGGCGCUGCUGGGGCGCUGCCGUAUCCGAGGCCCCGCGGGCCGGGGAUGCUGGUCCCGUCCCGGGGCAGCGACGCCGGCUCCGUCGCUGUUUGUUCCCUCCAGGGAUGAUGAGGAAGAGGAGCGGCCACAGCCACAGUCAGGCUCCAGCACUGAGCAUGAAGACAGGCCUUCACCCAAGGAGCUAGAGGAGCUGGAACUGCUGAACAGGGCCUUAGAGAAGGCACUGAAGGUCAGGAAAAGCAUCUUGGAAAAUCCAUUAGAGGCUCAAAGAGCUAGAGGACAGAAAUGGGCAGGUGAGGCACAUGCUCCCAAGAAAGCUGAAGAGCAGCAGGUGCCUGUACCUGUUGAGGAUGUUCCUGAGUGCAGGAAGGUGAGAGCUGGAAGCAAAAAGCCUUUGUUGUUGAAGAAGCCCUCUCCAUACCAGUUAAGAGCCCCUUACCGGACUGACCCAGAUGUGAAGAAACUGCAAAGGAAAGUCCCAGCCAGAUGUGUUUCUCAAGGCCCCAGGACAGCUGGGAAGAUUUCCUCAAAAGGAGUGACUUCCAAACAAGGAAGGAGUCACAGGACAGCAGCUAGUGCCAGAGAAGUCAGUGCUGCAGCUGAACCCCAGGAGACACCUGGCUUGUCUGAAUCUGCCCCAAAUGAGCAGCAAAGCUUUUCUGGAGGAGAUUCAGCUGCAGUAAAGAAUUCCACAGUUGCUGGCAAGCAGUUACUUGAUGCAGGGAAGAAAAGUUGUGGUUUCCUGGGAGAGUCCAGCAAAAAGGAGGACGCUGCAGGUGCAUGGGGAAGGAGCACCUCACCAGGGACAGGCACCCUGCAGGAAAAGGGAUGCCAGCUGAAGCUCCCCCUUCCCUACAGGAAAGCCUAUUCCAGGAACUCCAGGGCAUGGGAGAGAUGUCGCCUGUGCCAAACGAGUGCAGAUGCAGCAGCUGCAAGGACCCGUUUUAUGGAGAGAAUCCAGACAACCUUUUGCUCCCCGAAGCUGAACCCCAGUCCUGCAGAGAUAGAGGAGGAAUUAAGGGGCCUCCAGGAUGUCCUCUUCCAUCUGAGGAAGUAUAUGGAAGCUGAGCCUGCAGAUCCUCCCACUCUGCAAGGAGAGUAUGAAAGCCUUCUGACCUUGGAGGGUUUGCAAAGCACAGUGUCCCAGUGCCUGCAGAAGCUGCAGCUGCUGCAAGAAGCUCUGCAGUCCCAGCUGAGGCUGUGCCCAGACUGCCCUGGGGAUGUGGGGAGCUGCUCUCCAGCCUGUGUCCCUGCCAGGGGACAGACAUGUGACAGUGCAGACAUGCUGGCUGUGCCUCUCCUCUGUUACUCCAGUCUCCAGGAGCUGAGGGACCUGUUUGCCUUGAAGCUGCAAGUGUCAAUGCUGCACCAAGAGAUUGCCUUACAAAAGGUGAUGAUGGCAGAGCUGCUGCCUGUCCUGGAGGCCAGGCCAUGGCAGGAGGGCUCUGCAGGGCUGUUCCGGGCCAUCCACAGCCAGCUCUGUGAGGGGGGCCGGCGCUUCCCUGUGCUGGUGAGAGACGAGCUGCUGGACUGAGCUGGGGAGCCUCCUGCUAGUCCUGCACACAGCCAAAGACAGCUCCAAGCAAUAAAUCUUUUCUAUGAACUUC